CACAAUACAAACUAAAAAUAAUCACAACAUAUCUAAUUGUUUAUUUUUAGAAAUUAUAACAGAAAACAAUGUCUGAUAGUCCUAAAGAGGCAAAGAUUGAAGAUAAAACUAAUAACAACGUGUCUAAUGAGACCAAACCACUGGAUGAAGAGCAAGUCAAGCUUAAUAAUGAACUUAAAAAUCGCUUGCGAAAAUAUAUUAAAAAAUUGGAUGACACUGGUGCAAGUAUUUCAAAAAAAGAAAGUGAAAAGUUAGAAAUAGAAACAUUCAAACAAUUAUACAAACCCAAAUUGGAUUCUGAUGAAGAAUCCUACAAGAAGAUACCCAAAUUCUACUUCAAAUUGCCUCGUCCUGAUGAAGUUCUUGCACAGAAACUGAGAGAAGAGACCCGAGCACAGUUUUUACAGAAGAAAAGUAAAGAACUGCUGGAUAACAGUGAAUUGAAACAUCUAUGGAGUCUGAUAGAGAAAUCUAAUGGUAGCUAUAGCAUGGCUAACAGCGAUGAGCUGACAAUUGACUAUUUUCAAUUUAAGAAGAUCAGAGAUGAAGCUGGUCCCAAAUAUAGACCAUACUUUACAGCGGAAGUAUUUGGGCGCCUGCAAGCAGCCGAGGGUGGUGUGGGCCGCGUCCGAGGAGUGUCGCUGUUUAACUACGUCAUGCGACGGGUGUGGCUGCAGCAGACCAGGAUCGGACUGUCUCUAUACGAUGUCACUGGUCAGGGAUACUUAACUGAGCAUGAUUUGGAAAGUUAUAUAGCGGAGUUGGUGCCGUCGCUGGCGGCUCUGGACGGGCUGGAUUCCUCGUUCAGCUCAUUCUAUGUGUGCACGGCAGCAAGGAAGUUCCUCUUCUUCCUAGACCCGCUGAGAGUCGGUCGUGUGAGGAUACGAGAUGUGCUGAGUUGCUCGUUCCUUGAUGAUUUACUUGAGCUGCGAGAAGAAGACCUUCCUAUGGAGCUGCAGGAGCAGAACUGGUUCAGCGCCGCGUCCGCGCUGCGCGUGUACGGACAGUACCUCAACUUGGACAGGGACCACAAUGGCAUGCUCAGUAUUAACGAAUUGGCCGGCUACGGUUCAGGCACAUUGACACAGGCAUUCUUACAAAGGGUGUUCCAACAGUGUCUCACGUACGAUGGAGAGAUGGAUUACAAAACGUACCUAGAUUUGGUGCUAGCCCUGGAGAACAGGAGGCAGCCGGCAGCACUGGCAUACUUGUUCCGAGUCCUCGAUAUCAACUCACAGGGCUACUUGGACGCAUUCACACUUAACUAUUUCUUUAAGGCAAUUCAAGAACAAAUGGUCGCCCACGGCGCGGAACCGGUCAACUUCGAUGACGUGAAAGACGAAAUCUUUGACAUGAUUCGACCGCAGCAUCCCUCGCGCAUCACGCUCCAAGACCUCCUCCAUAGUGGGCACGGACAUACUGCGGUCUCGAUACUCCUGGAGCUGCAUGGGUUCUGGGCUUACGAGAAUAGGGAGGCGCUAGCGGCCGCCGGGGACCAUAACGCCUGACAAAUAAGAUAUAAAUUUGAAGAUAGGAGGAAAUUCUCUUGGCGGUAGAUUUAAUGGAUGAGCUCUGUCAGGUCGACCUCCACAUGGUCUCCCUUAAAAAUUUUAUGGUUAAAUCCUAACAAAUUUGUCGCUAUGGUCUUACUGACCCGACUUCGUAAAUAAAUAAAAUAAAAUAGCCUUGUAUUCAGAGGUACAGGCUUACUAAUAUUGUGCUUAUUAAAAUUUCAUAUUUAUUUGAAAGAAAGAAAGAAAAAAACUUUAUUUUACAAGAAAUAUGCGACGACACCCACACAGGGGUUAAAAAAAUCCAUAUAUUAAGAAUUAUAAUAAAGAAACAAAACAAAAAAUAUUUAUAAAAAAAAACAUUUACAAAAAAUAUUUACAAAAAAUAUAUCAUACUUACCAUCGUUAAUAAAUUGAUAUAUACUAAUAUAUGAUACAUUCCUAAUUUAUUUUUUAGGUUGUUUUUUUGGCUCUUUAAUAAUUUACUAUUUGUAAUAAUUAUAAUAAGUUUGCUUCUAAAUAUGUGUUUGCCAGUUGGCAGACCUAAUUCCUCACUUGUAAUCCUUAGCAUAUACCAAUAGCAUAGAUGUGGGAUGGGUUACCAUUUCAUUUACAACUUUAAAAGUGGAUGACCCAUAUAGGA